AUGGUCAAGCAUUGUAUUGCUAAUCAAAAGGCUGGUUUGGUUGGUCUCCUUGAGACGAGAGUUAAGGCUCCAAAGCUUGGAGCCUUAUAUAUGAAUAUGUUUUCGGGUUGGUAUUUUACUACUAAUUUGGCUUGGCAUAAGGGAGGAAGAAUUAUCUUAGCUUGGAAUCCUAAUCAGUUCACAGUGUGUAUCAUGAAUUGCUCGAGUCAAUUUAUCCACACUCGGGUUACAACUUUUGAUGGUAAAUAUCAAUUUUAUGCAACCUUUGUGUAUGGAUUUAAUGAAGAACAAGGAAGGCAGCAAAUGUGGCAGGGUUUACAAGGUCUUUCUAAUACUGAUCCUUGGAUAGUAUUAGGGGAGUUUGAUGACAUCCUUUAUAAGGAAGAACGAAUAGGUGAAAGAGUAAGGCAUGGUAAUUCGAAUGCCUUUGCAGAUUGUGUUUCUAAAUGUCACCUUGAAGACAUUAAAUAUUCGGGAAGCUAUUUUACGUGGAGUAAUAAGCAGAGUGCAGCUGAUAGAAUUUAUUCCAAGAUCGAUAGAGUUUUGGCUAACGAGGCCUGGAUGGAAUUAUUGCCAACUGCAGAAGCUAUCUUUCUCACAGAAGGCUUAUUUGAUCACACACAUGCAGUGGUUUCUAUACACCCUGCUUUGGAGAGUGGAAGGAAGCCCUUCAAGUAUUUUAGGAUGUGGUCUUCCCAUCCUAACUUUCAGCAGAUUAUCUCAACAAUUUGGAAUCAACAUGUGCAAGGCACAAAAAUGUACCAGGUUGUUACCAAGGUAAAAGCUCUUAAAUAUGCAUUUAAAGAGCUAAACAGGUGCUAUUUUUCUGACAUUCAAGCAGCUGAUGUUAAAGCCAGGCAAGACCUAAUCGAUUGUCAAACUACACUUCAAAAGGAUCCAUUGAGUAAAGUUUUACAGGAGCAGGAGGCUGAUUCCAAGAAGCUAUAUGCUGAUGUACACAAAACCUGUUGUCCGUUCUUGCACCUGAAAUCGAGAAUGGCAUGGAUAAAGGAUGGAGAUGAAAAUUUUGCUCUUUUCCAAUUCAGUAUUCAUGAAAGAAGGAACCAGAACAAGAUCUUAUAA